CCAACUUCUCCUAUAGUUCCAGCUAUCUGCCAACCAGCCAAUCAUAUAUCAUCUUUGGGUGUCCUGUAAUAAACCCCUAUGCCCUUAACCGUAAAACCCCGGAAAAAAACAAUAUGUUCCUUGACAAGAACAACACUCCAACUGGUGCCAAGUACCACCCAUGUCAGAAAACCACCAAGAAAACCCCCACCCAAUAGGCGCCCAAUUCUCGUAAAUAAUGAGGAAGCUACCGGGAAAUAGGGACAGACCCCUACUCUUAUUUUCGCAUAAAUGACGUAUUAUUUGUACUAUGCUUGCCGUUUGACAGAAUAAAAGCAAUGUGUGCUGUGCUAGGUGUGGUAGUUUUCGGACUGCUACCCCAAUGCGUUGGUAUGCAUUGCAAUAAACUGGCCUCAGGCUUGAAUCUGUAAACUAAAAUCAAUGUGUGGGUGACUUUUUCCACGACUUUUCCCACCGGACUGGAGGACCGUGGGCUGCUUCCACACCGAUCCCAGGUGCCAGGGAGAUGGCUGAUCUCAAACGUACUGGUGGUGACCUAUAUAAAGAAUAUAGAAAUACUCUUCCUGGUAUGUCUGUGGAACAAAUUAAACAGAUAGAGGCUGCUAUCAAAGCAGGAAACUUCUUAGAAGCAGCUUCUGUGGUGCAGACACUCAAGAAUUUGUCAGGCAUUGAAUUCAAUAUCGCCGUCACGGGGGAGUCGGGAUCUGGAAAAUCAUCUUUGGUCAAUGCCAUCCGGGGCCUGGAAGACGAAGACGAAGGUGCUGCUGAGCCCCGUGCGGUGGAAAUGACCAGAGCACCAGUACCAUAUUGUCAUCCCACCUGUCCCAUAAUGAUCGUCUGGGACCUGCCCUCGAUUGGGACCCCAGAUUUUCGGCCAGACACUUAUCUGAAAGAAGUGAACUUCAGCCGCUACAAUGUCUUCAUCAUCAUCGCUUCAGAGAGGAGCAGAUUCUGCCACACCAAGCUGGCCCGGGAGAUAAAGAAGAUGGGAAAGAAGUUUUUCUUUGUACGCUCCAAAGUGGACUUGGACCUGUAUAAUGAGGAAAGCAAAGAGAGCGUCAAUGAAGAGAGAACCCUGAAGAAAAUCAGAAAGGACUGCGUCAACAACCUGUCCAGAGUAGGGGUGAGCUCCCCACAGGUUUUCCUUGUCUCGAGUAGGGAAUUUCAGAAAUACGAUUCUCCACAGCUGCAGAAGACUUUGCUAAAGGAAUUCUACAACCACAAGAUGGAGAUGUUCAGAGCCACUGAAGCCACCAGGGACAGUGGGAUAAUGGAAGAUUCAAACACUCACUGGGAUGGUUUCUUUUCAAAAUGGAGCAGUAAACUGCCCGGUCUGUCUGAGGAGGAAACUGCAAAAUUCCAGACCGCUAUCAAAGCUGGAAACUUCUCAGAAGCCAUGUCUGUGGUGAAGAUGUCUGAUGACAUGUUAAGAAAUACCACGCUCAACAUCGCCAUCACAGGGAACUCGGGCUCUGGGAAGUCGUCUUUCAUCAAUGCCAUAAGGAGCCUGAACGAUGAUGACAGAGGCGCAGCUGAGACUGGGGUGACAGAAACAACAAAGGAUCCAACUGCUUACCCCCAUCCCAUUCACCCAAAUGUGAUUGUGUGGGACCUUCCUGGGAUCGGAACAACGAAAUAUCCGGCAAAAACUUACCUGACCGAUGUGAAUGUUUAUCGUUAUGAUUUCUUCAUCAUCAUCGCAGCCGGGCGCUUCACAGAAGCUGAAACCAAACUUGCCAAAGAAAUCAACAGCAUGGAGAAGAAGUUUUACUUUGUCCGCACCAAGGUGGAUGUGGACUUGGCUAAUGAACAAAAAAAAAAAGAUUUCAAAAAGGAGAAAACUCUAGCGGCAAUCAGAAGUGACUGCAUGGACCAGCUACAAAAAGCAGGGAUCAUCUCCCCACAGGUUUUCCUGGUGUCAAGAUGGGACUUUCACAAGUACGAUUCUCCCCUACUGCAGGAGACUUUUGCAAAUGACCUCAACAUUCACAAGAGACAUGUUCUCAUCUGUGCCCUGCCCAGCACCUCUGAAGAAAUCUUGAAAGAGAAAAAGAAGGCCCUGCAGGAACAGAUCUGGAAACAAGCCCUGAAGUCGUGCGCUCUCGCUGCUGUUCCUCUCCCAUUUCUCUCAGUUAAGUGUGAUGUCGACAUCCUGGUGGAGAACAUGAGAGAGUAUUGCAAGUCAUUUGGCCUGGAUGAUGAUUCCAUCGAAUCACUUGCUAAACAAGUUCGGAUGUCUGCUGAUGAGCUGAAGUGUGUUAUAAAGUCCCCUCUGGCCAAAGCUAUAACAAAAGAAGAGGCUUUGAAGCGGCUCAGAGAGGCUACAGGGGAACCUAUGAUGAGAGUUAAAUCUUUUAUCAGCCUGAUACCACUGAUUGGCACUGGGAUAGCAGCAAAGAAGUCUUACAGUGUCACCUCUGAAGUGUUACUUAGGUUUUUGGAUGAAGUUGCAGAAGAUGCUCAACGAGUCCUGAAAAAGGCUUUGGAGGGAGCAGGGAAUAACCAAUAACAGUGUCCCAAGGCAGAGCUUCUCCCCAGCUUCCCAGGAUAAACUGCCACAUCCCUGGUCUCCUUUCUGCAGUUUGAUUGUCCCAAAUGUAAACAAACCAAGAGACAAAACCAUUUUUCAGCUCAACCUUCCACUGCCGACUUUCACAGCCUCUCCUCCCAGGGGUCUCUGGCAGUCCUGCUGCUCCUGCUUCCUGGCUCUCUCUCAGCCAGUCCCUCCUCAGUGGGUCUCUCUAGGGUCUGUCCGCACUGCACACUAAGCGUGGACUCCGACUCGGGUUUAAUCCUCAGCCCCACUUCCUUCCACAGCCAAAUCAGACUGACUUGGGUUAGUGAGCACUCAGGAACAGGUUGUAGGACUCUGCCGGGAGGUUGGGUCAAAGCCUGAGUCCCACUGAGACUCAGGUCCAAGCCCUGUCAUUCUCCAGUAUGGACACAACUCAUGCUGCAGACCCCAAUCAGAAGCUCUGCGUAGUGCAGUGUGGACGUGCUAGCACAGCCCUGAGACCUGGGUCCAGCACUUGUAAACCCAGGUUUCCAGUGAAAUGUGGACGCUCAUGUGCAGGCUUGGAAACACCGAGUCCAUAAGGUCAGGUCCCAGAGACCCAGGCUUACAAUGCAGUGUAGACAUGCUUUCUCGGACCUGUAUCGCCCCAGGUGGCAAAAAACAGAAGAGCAACAGGUCUGACACCAAACCCAGGUCUAGUGCAGACUCGAUCUGAGUAGAGAGGAGGUGGCAUUUCCUUCCUUCUCACAUGUAAUGUGACAGAUGAGAGAAAGACUGACUAGGAUUUGGGGAGGGGAGGGAACAGCUACGUUUUUUCUUUUAAAAAGAAGAUGAUUUUUAACCAGGCUGGAACCAGACAAACGGGUAAAAUUCCCAGCUUUGGCCAUGUCUGUUAAUCAUUCCCCAGGAUGGAAAAGCUUAAGGGGACACUGUCCGAUGAAAUACCGUAUUAAACACACACUCCUCUCCUGUGUCACUAAGAGCAUUGGGCAGAGGUGUGAAUUCUCAGCACCACUACGGCCUGGCCUAGGCUUGACAAUUAGAUCACCCUCGCUACAUUGCACAGGGCUGUGAAAAAUGUCACACCCAGACCCUGAGCACCAUAGAUAGGUCACCUAACCCCUGGUGUAGAUGCAGCUAGAUCGAUGGAAGAAUUCUUCUGUCCACCUAGCUCCUGUCUCUCAGAGAGGAUUAACAACAUCAAUGGAAAACCCCCUUUUGUUGAUGUAGGAAGUGUCUAUACUAUGUCGCUACAGCUGCAGUAUGGGACUACCCAGAGUGCAGACAUGGCCUACGGGGCUGUCUAAAUUAUGGAGACUGUCUAUCAGCGUAGCUACAUUGCCGUAGCUAUGUUGGCAUAGAAAUGUAGUUGCAGCCUAUGCACAAGGAAAGGGUUUUUCCAUCGCUGUAGGAACCCCACUUCCCUGAGUGAUGGUUUCUUCCAUCAACAUAGCUGCGUCUACACUAGCGUUAUGUCGGCAUAGCCACGCUGGUCAGGGGAUGCUAGAUCUGGGACUAGUCUACCAGUUUUUCACUCUGGGGCUCCUAAACCACUCCUGGAGCCAGAUCUCUUGUCUGGGAUCCUUCCUUGGGAGGUGGGGUGCUGCUGGCCACCUGCCAUAAAGCCAGUGCUGGGACUUCCUGAGCUUAGAGUUACUGUAUGUCAGGUUCCCAAAAGGAGGGAGGGAGCAAUCGGGGAUGUUGCUUAACGGCAGCUCAUCUGCUCUGCAAAAACCUAGGACGUUUCCUGUUAUCUUUUAAAUCAUCCCCCCCCACCCCCUCCAGGCUGAGAGAGAUCUCAGAGCCCCACGUUGUUUGUCGGCAGACUCACAAUUCCAACACGACUGUGGAAACUCUGAUCUUGUAUUUUAACCUCUUGGGGAAUAUGUGGCAGGGAAGCAAAACACACAGGCUUUGGCAAAGGAAAUUCUUAACCAUAGACACCAACCAGCCACCAUGUGCUCUGGUUGCAAAACUCCAUCCCCCAGCCCCGCAGGGAUCCAUACGACCCCAUUGUUUCAUGGGGUGGGCCAAGCAUGAAGGGUCAUUACAAAGCCAGUAGACCUUGCCUGUCAUCUCGACGGCUCUCUGUUCUAGUGCUCGACGGGGUGUUAAGCCCCCUCCCAGCACUGGAGAUGUCUCGGUAUUGCCUCACAACAGGUUGUUCAUAAACAAGAUUAAACUGGAUUUCAGCCCAGGUGAACAGAAUCCAAUGGUGAACAGAAUUCAACAUGGAAGCCUGCAAACAAAAUGGUUGAUGUAUCGCGGACACAGACAUACAAAAUGGCGGACAUAACUUGGUUCAGACCUUCCACGGUCUGUCACAUCCACAUUCCGAGCAGCAAGACAAUCACAACCUGGGAGCUGUAGCCUGCUCAGUGACCCAGAUGUCAGUUCUUGCUGCUUUGACGGCCGGCCCAGAGCCCUAGUCAGAGUCCGUCUACACUUGGAGCUAGGGGUGUGAUCCCCAGCUCCCAGAGACAUCCUCACGCUCGCUCUCAUGGAGCUAGCAGGCUAAAACAGUAGUGUAGUGAAGCCAGCUUGGGCAACAGCAACAUAGGCAAGCCAUCUUGAGUACAGAGCCACCUGGACCCCCAGCUCCAAAGGGCAGAUGUAGCCUGAAAUGGACUCUCUGAGAAACCCCUGGGACCAAAUCCCCACCUGGUGUGAAUGGAUGUAGCUCUGUUGAUUCAAUCCCAUUUACACAGCUGAGAAUCUGUUUUUCUGUCUACAGCCAUUUACCCAGCCUCUCCCUGGGGUUGGCUAAAGUUUCUGUUCUCUGAUCACGGUGCUGAAACCAGAGGCUGUUAUUAACCUGUAACGAAGAUGUACCCUGAGCAGGGUUUGGAAGCAUCUGGCUGCUAAACCUGUAUCAGAGGCUUAAUAAUUAAUGAGAAUCUCACCUCUGUAAUUGACAACCCUGAGCUGCGGGUUGAGCUACUGCUGAUGCGUAUAAUCCCUGAUUUGAUUGAUUGAUGCUGAGUUUAGAUCUGCUUGAGUGUCCGGGAACCACCGACCCCACUCAGACUGAGCUGAGGGGCUGGGUUUGUAAUCACAGGGUGUUUCGGGCUCUCAGGAGAAUUAGUUCAUGUGAUGCUACGUAUCAACCCGUCGCUGUUGAUUUGCUCAAUGUUCCAUACUCGGUAACCAACGUGGAUUCAAUCUCACCGCUCCAUGUACUCAUUGCUUGUGAUUUGAUGGUCAUUCCAAACCUUGGAGAAGUGCAUUUAUCCUUCAAUAAACUGCUGUAGAAUUUAAUCUGA